UUCACUUUAACAGGUUUCCUUUUUGGUGCUCAGUUAGUUGUCACCUAUCAAGGAGAACAAGUGGUAUUUGUCCCUUUGGGAUUGGCUUAUUUCACUCAACAUGAUGUUUUCCAAAUUCCUAACAGGGAUCACUUUUCAGUUAAAAUUUAAACACCUAAGAACAAUUGUGUGUUAAUUACAGAGUUCAACCAAUGGUACUAGAACAAAAAAAAUACUAAAAUGGAUAAAGUAUUACAUUGUACAUCAACCGUCAGGACAAGAGCUGAUCUAAGUAUUUUCUAUGGCUGAUUUCUCACUACCUUUGGCAGUUACUAUGGUGCUUUUGUCACUUUCUGCUGCUGUGCACAUCCCUGUACCGUGACUAAAUUUUUUUUUUUAUUGCUAGUAUAUAUCUAUGCAAGUCAAAACAAGAAGGGGAUCGUGAACUUCAAAUGUCAUACUUUUAGGCACAGUGGUAGAUUAUUUUGUUAUUGAAUUAUAUGUCAAAACAUUCUGUUUGUUAUGUGAUGACACCAAAGCUGUGCUGAAAGAAUACAAUAUACAUUAACAUUACUGGCUAGGGUUUUAUCACAGUGUUCUCAAAUUACAGGAAAGCAAUGGUCAAAUUAGAAAACUUAAAAUUAUCACUGUGAAAUUUCUUCACAAAAAUGUAUUGAAGUGAGGCUGAAAGCACAAUAUGUUUUGGGUAGCUGACUUGUUAACCAAGUAAGGAAAUCUUGUUUAUUGGUGAUGGAUUACUUAAACCAUGGUUAAUUGAAGCAACUGAAGGAACAUGUGCAGAGAAAAUAAACUUGUUUAAAACUGUUAGCCUUUUGGGGAAAAUAAUUGCUCAAAGAGUUGAAGACAUUGAAAGUUACAUCAAUAGUCAAUUAAAAAGCAGGCUGAAGAAUUUCAAUGGUUUUUUUUUCUUGAUGUGCCAACAGGUGUUGCUUAUAUUGAUCAGUUUUUUUUUCAUUUCAGAAGUAAGUGCCAAGUUUAUAGUGUCAGAGAAUUACAUCUAUAAAUAGUGUAUGUAUAAUAAUUAUGAAGGAACUAUUUUUAAAAAGUUGAUAAAAAAUUAAUCAGAAAACCUGAGAUGGAAUCUGCUAAGGUGUAGCUAAUAGUGGUACAAAUAUGUGUGAAACAGGAAGAACUUGCUGGACAAAUUUACAAAUCUUGUGAAAAUGUACACUAUGGUAUUUUCAUUAGCAGGUGCUUUGCAGAAAAUAUUUGAGUCUACCAAGUGUUACUAAACCAGCAGCAUCAACAGUGAACUUUCAUUUGCUCUUUUGGACUUAGCCACUAUCAGUUCUGUGAAUUUUUUUGGGUCAGAAAUAGAAGCUGAAUCUUCUCUUGUCUGACCACACAGGAGUUUGACAGCUUAGCAGUGGUAAAGUUUUAUUGUGAUUUUUGAGCUUAGGGCAAAAGUGACAUUUUUUUCUGAAUAAGAAUAACCAGCCUCAACCAAUAUAGAACACUGAAUGGCUUUGAAAAUUAACUUUUGAGAAAGACUUCAUAACAUUUUUAAAUGAUAUUCAAGCUGAAGUUACAAGGUGAAGCAACAAAUGAAAAUCUUGCACUGUGGUAAAGUCAUCUUUGAUGACAGCUAGUAUUUGAAUCACAACUAACAGAAACAGUUCCCAUGCUUCCUAAUGUUAAAAGAAGUGAAUUCUCCAUUCACAUACAACUUGCCAAGGCUAUGUUUUCUAAGAUACAAUUACAGUUUCAACAGCACUUUUGGAUCUCAAUUCAAAUACAAGGAAGAUUUCCAUAUGUAAAAAUACAUUUAACUAUGCAAUUCAGGAGCUUUCAUUUACCUUCAAUUGGAGGUGAUUAAGAUGAUGACAUACUAAAAAGCAAAUACCAAAAAAGGAAUCCAAUAGAAAUCUAUGAAUACUUUCAAAUGGUAAAUGUUUUCAACUAAACAAAUAAGCUUUUGGGUUGUUGUCCAUAUUUGGUAUUACCUGUGUGAAAAGACACUUUCAAAGAUGAAAUAUAUAACUGAUCAGCAUUUGUUAAUGAACACUUGUAAUAGAUUUUGUUAAGGAAAACUAUCUUUGAACCUCACUUAAGCAAAUUGUUACUUCCAAAUAAAAAUUAUUUUUUAUUGUUAGUGGACCUAUAUUGGAAAAAAAUACUCAAAAUUUUUUUUAUAUUUUGAAUUUUACCCGUAAGUUUUGGAAAUUUAUUUAUUGCUUGGUAUAUAAAUACCUACAUGGUAUCUUUGAUUUUUUUCCUUGUGGACUUGCAGAACCUAAAAUAUUUUGACCCUUUACCUGAAAAGUUUGCCAACUCUAGAGGAAUAUUCUUAGAAUAUGGAAUUGAGUGUGAAGUGCUUGAUCCUUUUUGCCAAUGGACAACGCAGCAUUUGAAAUCGCUGAAGAUGCAGCACAGAGUGCUAUACCCAGGGGGAGGGCGAGCACCUUCACUGGCACGGAAAAGAAGCAGCAGUGGUCAUUGAUGAGCAUUUUCCUGAUGUGUUUCUUGGCCUGCAUUAUUACCACCGCAGUUGGAGUACUGAUUCUCUCCUUGGUUUUUGUUAACAACUCUCAGCGUCAUUCAGAUGCUCAUUUUGAACCUGAAGCCCGGCCUAUGCGAACAACAGUGGUUCCCAUAGCACAGAAGACUGUUGAUCCAAAAUUCCAGUUUUUGAAUCAUUUACCUAAAUCUCAGGUGUUUGAGUUCCCUGGUGGUGCAAUCCAGUGGGCCCGGUACAGAAGCAAUGUCAAAGACUAUCUCACUGACGAAGAAGAGGCCUUUGGUACCAGUUUGAACAGUCAGAGAUCACAAAUGACUCUGGGGACCCUGAGAAUAAAAAGCAAUGGCCUCCGGGCCCCUCACUGGCACUUCAAUGCCAAUGAACAUGGCUAUCUUGCACAGGGCACAGCAUGGAUUGGGGUUGUUGAUGCUGGUGGUGAAGUGGUUACCACGUACAAUGUUACUGCUGGCCAGGUGAUCUUCUUCCCUAGAAAUACACUGCACUGGAUAAAGAAUGUGGGGAAUGAAGACUGCUUUUUCUUGCUCUUCUUUUCUACACAUGAUGAACUUCAGACCUUGGAUGUUGAUGAUGUCUUUUUUUCUACACCUGAAGAUAUUGCUUCCAGGUCACUUAAGCCUGAAGGUGGAAUUAAUUAUAUUAGAGCAUUCCACAAGCAAGAAGAGGAUCAGGGGGUGAAUCUUCCUCCAAAUUUGGCAGAAUUGGUUUUGAAUGCUAGUUAUGUACAGUCUCCAGACAGCCUUGUGUGGAGAUACUUUUUUGACCUUAAAGGUUCAAAAGAAUAUCAAUAUCCAGGAGGAGUAAUACAGUGGGCACAGUAUUGGAAAGAUGGAAGUGAACUAAGCAACAAUGAAAAAAUAUUUAGUGAAUUCCUAAACCAGCAUCAAAAUGCCCUUUCUUUGAGUACACUCAGAGUUUAUAAUAAUGGAUUACGACAACCACACUUCCACUUUAAUGCCAAUGAAAUGGGAUACGUAUUAAGUGGAUGUGGAAAGGUGGGCAUUAUCAAUACUCAGGGUGCCAUGGAGUUUAGCAUUCACAUUGGAGAUGUGGUGUUUUUCCCUGUGGGAACCCAGCAUUACAUUAAGAGCACAUGUGAUGAGGACUUGCUUUUCAUCCUUGCCUUCAGCACUGGAGACCAGCUGCAAACCCUUGACAUGGACGAUUAUCUCCAGGCCACAGCAGACCACAUCCUGGCCCAGCUUUUCUUCAGGAAGCAAAGUGAGUUUAAGAAGAUCCCCAAAUUCAAGGAGGACCAGGCGAUCAACCUGCCUUAGAGUUGCUGAUGAGCUCAGGUUUAUUCUUCCUGCUCUGUUGGCUGUUGCUGACCUUAAAGAGGACUCACUUGGCUAAUGAACUUGGAGCUGUGUAUGAAGUGAAAACGAGACAGCAAAUACAAAGCAGCCCAGUGGGCUCCUUUAGCUGAGAGUGAAUGUAGGCAAUUCAUGCUCAGGGACUAUUUCAGUAUCUUUGUGUUGAUAGUGGAUCUGCGGGGAGACCUAAUAAGUUAAAUUGAUAUAUUUUUGUAAGGAUUUUAAAUAUAUGUGUUUGUGUUCAUUUUCCUUUUGUUAUGUCAAAUUCAUUACUACAGAAGUAAACCUAGUCUUCCUAUGCAUAUCAAUAACACUUGCAAAUUUUUAUUUCAUUCAUCACUGUGAAAGGAAGCAAGGAGGUAGCCUGUGUGUGUAUAUAUAUCGAGGCACUGGAAUUCACAUGUGUCAAACACUGUCUGAAGAAGUCAGUUCAGAAUCAUAGUUAGCAAUCCCAGCCCUUUGGUUGGCAUGAGAUAUUUUCUAUGAUGCCACCACUUUCCAGGAGUAUUCAUAGUAGUAGCUGUAUACUUAUCCUAUAUUAGCCAAGAAAUCCUUAGUGAUAAGCUAAUGAUGGAUUCAGUACUAUCUUUGAAUGUAUUGGGAUUUUUUCAGUCACCUAGUCAUCUUUUUACAUUUGAGGAAUAGUUCUUCAUUUUGCCUGAGAAGCAUAUGGUAAAGUGUUGGUAAUGGUGGCUGUGUGCUCAUCUCAAUCAUCAUUCUGAAGUUGCUCAGGCUGGUAGUCUAAGCUGGGAGUCACUGUCUUAAGUAGAAAAAAAAUUGUUUAAAUCUGUUCAGUGCUUGAUUUUUCACUUGCAAUUUAUUUUAUCAAGUAUUUAGUAUUCCUUCAGUGUGUCAGGGGUACCACCCUCAUUUCCGGGCUAAUCCAUAUAAAAUUCUAAAGUAGGUAUAGUUAAUUUUUAAUGCUCUUGACCACCAUCGCUUUGCAGUCAUUCUCCUGCUAGAUAGUGGAAUUUUGAAGUUGGCUUAGGCUAUUUGUUUUUAGGCCACAAGGAAUUGCGUUCCUUCUCUCUCUAUCCCAGCCCCAUACCUAAACUGCCAACUCUGUUGAAUCUGUUAUGGAAUACAGUGAGAAUCAAGUUCACUUUCAGCUGGAGGAGAUAGCCACUUACAUACUGGACUUCAGGAAGACCAAGACGGCCUCGCCCUGCUUUUGACCAUUUGUUCGUUCAUCCAUUCAUUUGAUCACUAAACAUACACAAUAAGUACUAUAAGCCAACCACUAUUCUGAGUGUUAAAUAUAUAAAGUUGACUACUAAAUGAUAUCUUUCCUCAAGGAAACAUUCCCAUUGAGGGAAACAGAAAAUGAUAUAAUAAUACAUUGUCCUAGUGCUAUGAUAACUGGACAGUGUAAUAAGUUAUAUGUGUCUGCAUGUAUACACAGAGAUUAUGCUGUAUAUAUACAUGUAUAUAUACAUAUAUUCAUGCAUACAUGAGACAUUAAGCCCAGUUACGGGGUGUCAGAUGGGAGGAUGCCAAGAAGGUGUUCUGCAGGAGCUCUGAAUGUAGAUUAAGAGUUAGCUAAAGCAUGAGGAAGAAGAUGGAAAGUGUGUGUGUGUGAAAGGUACUCCAGGUUGAUGCCUAGAAGCAUUGGGAGGUUUAUGGUGGAUGUGAUCUUUUGAAGAAACUUCAUAGAGAAUGGGUCACAAUCCAGGAGGAGGAAUAUGAUUGAAAAGGUGCACUGACCAGCACAGGGUAUUGGGUGUAGGAAAGAGGACAUCCAAAGAGAGGGAAAAUAUUCACAAAAGGUACAUGAAAAUGUGUGUUGACAGAAAUUUUAAGUUACGUUGGAAUUUAAAAAAUAUACUACCAAGCAUUCAUAAUCCAGUUUCUUAUAUCUUGAAAUUGUAUAUAUAUCUUGUAUUGUAUCAGAUUACUAUGUGGUCACCCAGUAAAGCUCUUGUACAUUUUCAUAUUGUAGCUUGUCAUAAUCUUGAAUGAAACUUG